CUGGCUGUGUGUGUGGCACGCCCUCAAAACCAGUGGAGUUUAGCCAGUUGUAUCCAUGUCUAGGAGACGCUGUAUUCGUCAGUGCAAGGAGAAAUCUCCUCUGUUUCAUCUUCCAAAAGAUGAUGAAUUAAAGAUCCACUGGUUAAAAUUUAUUUUUGACACUAUUCCUCGGGACUACAGCCCCAACCUUAUGUUGUGUUCUGUUCAUUUUACGGAUGACUGCUUCCUGAACGGGCCACAGUUCAAUUUAGGAUUUUCGAAACGAUUAAUUCUGAAAGACCGUGCAGUUCCGACUCUCUCUGGCCAACCUGGAGAUUCAGAACCACAACCUGGGAUACGAAAGGAGAAAGAAUCGAUGACAACUGUGCAAGACCAGAGUGUGAAAUCAGAGCCUGAUGAUAUUGUGAUAUCCGACACUGCAUUAUUGACCCCACCAGCGACUACGGGCACUGCUGACAGUUCCUGUCGAAUUUUUCCUCCUGUAAGACACGUAGCCUCCCAGACUGACCCCCCAAAGAUAAAAUCGGUCGGCACACAGCUAUCUAUGCAAACUCUGCAGAAUCCCUUUCGCAGUAGAGCUACCCAGGUGAAGAUGCCCGGCAGAGAUUGCGGUGUGUGCACAGACACCUUCCCCUUGGACAGUCCACUGCUGCUCCUACAACCAACAUUAGUAAAGAGACCAUCCAAGAGACCUCGGCUCAGCCUUACAGACGAGGAGGAAGGCCCCUCAGAAUCCAGCUUGUCUGUGGUGGUUCAUGAACCAGAGGACUCAACAUGACUCUGUGGACUCUGGUCACUGGAGUGGGCUA